ACGGUGAACGACAAAUUGCUUCGUGAUUGCACUGCGAAUUCUGAUCUCACAAAGAAUGAUCAUACAAUUUAUCAGCUGUUGGAGCUAGUAUUUAAUCAAGUUGCCGUGAAGAAUCCCAAAGAGUAUGCUAACUUCGAAAAUGGAAAAACUUUUUUAAAUCAUCCAUGGAAAUUUGGUUUUACUGAAAGAGACUGCCCAGAUGUAGGUGGCGGGAAAAGGUUGUACCCAGGAAUACAGAAAAGUGUGCGAUUCAUUGAAGGUCCCGGUGGACGCAAUUACAACAACCCCAGUCUGAUCAUAGAUGCGAAGAAGGCAGCAUUCCACGAGGAUAUCCCUUUAAUCGAGAAAGCAAAGGCACUUAUCAAUGACGACCUCAGCAGGAAGCUCUCGGAUAUAGCCGUGAGAAGGCUCCAUCAUGGUAUGAAAGAUUUGUGGUUUUAUACGAAACACACUGGGUACGAAAGCGACCAUCAAAUUGCAGGAAUCGCAGAGUUCACGGCUGCUGAAAUGACAUUUGAGACGCCAAACGGUAAAACGGUCAGCAUAAUGGAUUAUUUCGAGGCCAAAUACCACAUUAGACUGAAUUACCCAAAUGCACCACUCGUGAGGGUACGCGAACGUGGUCGGAACAAUAGUUAUCCUAUGGAACUAGGCUGGCUUAGACCCAUGCAGAGAGUCACGAUUUCACAGCAAACACCUGAUCAAGUUCAUAAAACCACAAGGAGUUGUGCCGUUCCACCUGGCGAACGACAAGAUAAUAUCGUUAGAGGCGCGCGCGCGCUAUCUCUUUUCGGGUCUGAAAACAAUCCUUACGUUGAAAAUGCCGGACUUUACAUUUACAGAGAGCCCGUGAAGGUGCACGGGAGACUGCUUCCUCCACCGAACAUCAAAUAUCAAAACGAGACAGCUCAUGUGAAAGAC